CGAAGAUGGAGUUUAGGGUGUAUCAUUUGGCAACCCUUUGCUAAACGAAACUCGACGGUGUUUGUGAUGGACGCCGGCGAUGGCUGCUCCGCAACGUCCUGCGAGAUCAUGGCCUCGUGGCAUUGGCGCUCAGCUACUCAGUUCUCUUAUGUCAUGCGCCCAUAGCUUUUGCGCUGUACCGCUGGUAGUUCCACCUUUGUUGUUCGCCUUGGUGGUAUACUUCUCCAAGUCUGGCUCUCACCCCUGUCAUCUCAACUGCUGGCUCGUCACCACCAUCACCGCCCACACCAUGCUCCGCUCUCUCAGUAGGCUCAACCUGACCACCAGAAAAGCUUCUCUCACCAGCUCCACGCCUCGAGACACGCGCCACUAGCUAUCUAGCGCUUGCCAGGGUUGGUACUGGGGGAUAUAAGCAGUUCAUACGAGGUCUCCAACUUGCUUUCUCCACC